AUGGCUAGAAAGUUAGACAAUCCUGAAUAUUGUUUUAUAAUUUCAUAUAAAUCAAAGGUAUCUGAUGAUAUUCAAGAUCUUUUUGAUUCUGUACCUAUUACUAAUAACACUAUUUCAGAUUAUGCAGAGUAUGAAGUUUCUGAAUUAUCUAGUAAUAUGAUUGAUGAAAAAACUUUAUUUUUAGAAAUACCAACUCAAGAUAUAUGCCAUGUCAAUAUUAUUGAUGAAACUGGUAUGUCUCCUAAUGAGGCAGUAAAACAUGUAUUAAAGAUGAAAAAAUAA